CCAGGCGGCCGCUCGGGCCUGCCGUGGCUCGGGGCCCGGCCGCGCAAUGUCCGGCCCGCGGCACGGCGGGCUGCCCGGCCGGGCGGCCGGCCCUUGCCCUUGUGUGCCCCCGAGCCCGGGCAGGGCCGCGGGGCGGAGCGGCUCCUCCGCAGGCGGGGGGCGGUGCUGGCGGCGGCGAUGGCGACGCUCAUGGCGGCGCUGGCGCGGCCCUUCGGCCGCGGCCCCGCCGGCCUGGGGACAGCGCUCCGGCGAGAGGUGAUGGGCGGCCCCUCCGGCCGGGGCCGGCCGGGGACUCAGGUGCUUAGGAAAAGCCUUCAGAGAGGAGUUGUGCUUUCAGCAGGCUCCUUUUUGGUUUAUGAAGCUCAUAAGCUGAUUUCUGGCUUUGCUGAGGUUCAUGCAAGCUUCAAAGUGGGAGAUGUGAUAGAACAAGCAGACUACCUGUAUGGGAGUGGAGAAACUGAAAAGCUGUAUCGGUUGCUGGUUCAGCAUAAAAACAGUGAUGAUGCAGAGUUGUUAUGGCGGCUGGCACGGUCAUCACGGGAUCUGGCUCAGCUUGGUACUACUUCUGCAGAGGAGAAGAAAAAACUGACAUAUGACUCCCUUGAGUAUGCAAAAAAGGCACUUGAAAAAAAUGAAUCAAAUUUUGCAGCACACAAGUGGUAUGGAAUUUGUCUCAGUGAUGUUGGGGACUAUGAAGGAAUCAAGACUAAAAUUGGAAAUGCUGUUAUCAUCAAAGAGCAUUUCCAGAGAGCCAUUGAACUGAAUCCAAAAGAUGCUACAACAAUUCAUCUUAUAGGGGUUUGGUGUUACUCUUUUGCUGAGAUGCCAUGGUACCAAAGAAAAAUAGCUGCAACACUGUUUGCCACACCACCAACUUCCACAUUUCAAGAGGCUCUUCAUUACUUCCACAUGGCAGAAGAAGCUGAUCCAAAUUUCUACAGCAAAAAUUUGCUCUUUUUGGGGAAAACAUACUUGAAGUUAAACAACAAGAAGAUGGCUCUUCUGUGGUUAAGCAAAGCAAAGGAGUAUCCUGCACAGACAGAGGAGGACAAACAGGUGCAGAAAGAAGCUUUGGAACUGCUUAAUUCUAUAUAAGAAGAAGAUAAUGGGAAGUCAGUGCCUCAGGUUUGAGCAGCAUAGGAAAAAGGCCCCAAAUACUCCUUUGGUUUACUGAAGCUGUUACUAAAAGUACAGCUCAGACCUUCUGUCUCCCUCUCAUUUCUAUUAAAAUCGGAACUGGAUGAUCUGUUUCA